AUGGCGCCUAGAAAGAUCAUCCUUGACACCGACCCUGGAAUCGAUGAUAUCCUUGCUCUUCUCCUCGCACUAUCUGCAAAGCCGGAGGAGGUCGAAGUGCUUCUCAUCUCGCUUACGUUCGGUAACAUUGAAGUGAGAAGUUGCUUGAAAAAUGUCGUCUCCAUGUUCCACAUCCUUGAGCGGGAAAUGCAAUGGCGUCGGGAAAAAGGUCUGCCGGAAGGAUACGGUGCCCUGCGCGCAUGUCCCCCUGUUGUUGCGGUGGGAGCUGAAGAUCCCUUGGAAGACCAGAAGAUGCUGGCAGAUUACUUCCAUGGAACGGAUGGCCUGGGAGGAAUCCAUGCCAGCCACCCGCACUUGUCUCCCCAGGAAACCUGGGAGCAUCUAUUUGAUCCAUCCACCGACUCCAACACUAUCAACCCAGUCCCAGCUAGUGACUCCGCCAAGCGGUCAUACAUCCCUUCAAAGCGUCCCGCACAUGAAGAGAUCCUCCGUGUCUUGCGCGAGAAUGACCCCGACACCGUCACCAUCGUGGCUGUUGGCCCCCUCACGAACCUUGCCAUCGCGUCGGCAAAUGACCCCGAGACUUUCCUUCGGGCCAAAGAAGUUGUGAUCAUGGGAGGGGCGGUGAACCAGCCUGGAAAUGUCACUCCGGCCGCCGAAUUCAACGCCUAUGCCGAUGCGUUUGCCGCAGCCCGUGUCUAUGCUCUUACCUCUCCAUCUCCCCGAAGCACCAUGCCCCCAGGCACGAGUCUACCAACCUACCCGGCUACCCUAAGCAAACAACUUACCCUCCGUACUUUCCCCCUUGACAUCACUCUCCGGCACGGCAUGACCCGCGGUCAGUUCCGGAAGGCCAUCACGCCUCUCCUCGAAGCUGGCUCACCACUUGCCGAAUGGGUUUCAGCGUUCAUGGCCCACACCUUCCAGACCCUGGAGAGACUGCACCCCGGCCACGAGGGCGAUAAGGCCGAUCUCAGUCUCCACGAUCCCGUGUGUGUGUGGUAUGCACUAACCGCAGACGACAAGGGCUGGAAGCCGUCCGCAACAUCACCCGAGGACAUUCGCAUCGAAACUACCGGUCAGUGGACACGGGGCCUGUGCGUUGUGGAUCGCCGCAACCGCCACCGGAUCGAUAGUGAAGAGGAGAGCUCCAACGACCAUGGACUUUGGUUGAGCGCAAGAGCAGGAAACCGGGUGUUGAGAAUGGAUCAAUCCCCAGUGGAGAACACCUUUGGGGGGAUUCUUCUCGAGAGGAUCUUCAGCUGA